AUGGUGAUUGGAUAUCGCACUGCUGCGGAAGAAGAAGCGGUGAAGAUCAACGAGAAAAACAAACCGUUCAGAGAUCCGGCCUUCGACAACUUGCCAGGUGGUAGUCAGAUCGGAAAUGGCAUUUACUUAGGCUCCGAACCUGCGGGAUGGCGAGGCUCGCCGAUCAAGAAGAAUUGGUACUGCGUAUUCAAAGCAGAUGAAGCCCGCUUCAAUGCAGCCCCCAAACUAUGGAUCCCGCAAUUUUGCACAAGCAAGAGUUGCUUCUGGGGAAGCUCGAAGACCAAGGAGCUCUGGGGUUAUGGCGAGAAAGUGAUCGCCAAGUACAUUGCAAACUUCGGCUUCAGUGCGAGUUCAACACUUCGCUUCUCGUACAUUGAGGGACACGGGCAGAUGCUGCAAAUGGUCAUCCCCACCAAAAUGGCCAAUGAUAACACUCUGGACAUUUACGCCAAGUGCUUUAAGACCAAGGCUGAGUUAAUUGCUUAUGAAGGCCACUCCGUCAACUUCGCGGGCUGGAACAUCAAGGGAGACCGUGGAAGCCCUGGCUAA